CCUGGCCAAUGGGAACAUGCGUAAUUGCCAGUGGUAAAUCGGCUCGGUUCAGCUAUUUUCCUCCCGAAAAUUGCACGGAAGCCGGGACUAGGUUGAUGGGCUAUUGUGGAACAACACUCGGAUGACUUGUUGAAGCUUCUCUGAUCUGUCGCAGACUUCUCCAACCUGUCAAUUGACGGCAACAACCCCCCUUACAAUGAUCUCCCGGUCGACUCUCGCAAGGGGAAGCCAGCUGGCGCUCCGCGGGCAGAGCUGUGCUCAGCUCGCCCAAAGACGGAGCUUCGCGGCUGCAGCAACAACCGGGUCGUCAUUCGAGCCGACAGACAUUGCUGGCGUCAAGGUGGCUUCGAAGGAUUCUCACGGUCCCACGACAAGACUGGCCAUCGUCUCCAAAGCUGGUACCAGAUACCAGCCUGUCCCCGGUUUGACUGUUGGCCUGGAGGAGUUCGCGUUCAAGAACACCCAGAAACGGUCUGCCUUGCGAAUCGUCCGCGAGUCUGAGCUCUUGGGCGGCCAAUUGACUGCGUAUCACACCCGGGAAGCCCUAGUUCUUCAGGCAAACUUCCUACGCCAGGAUCUGCCUUACUUCGCUGAGCUUCUUGCCGAGGUGAUUUCACAAACCAAAUACACGACAUACGAAUUCCAUGAGGAGAUUGAGCACGUCAUUUCUAUGAAGCAGGAGAGCAUCAGCGCCCUCGCUCUGGCUCUGGAUCUGGCCCACUCGUCCGCUUUCCACACCGGCCUUGGUGCACCGCUCUACCCAACAAGCACUACCCCGGUGGGCGCCUAUCUCAACGAGAACUCUGUCGCGAACUUCGCCCACGCUGUUUACAACAAGGCCAACAUUGCCGUGGUCGCAGACGGUGCAACUGAGGCUGGCUUGGCCAAGUGGAUUGAGCCCUUGUUCAAAUCCUUACCCGCGUCGGGCGCGAGUCAAUUGGCUCUCAACACUGCCGCUUCCAAGUACUUUGGUGGUGAGCAGCGUAGCUCUCGCGUCGGUGACAGCGCCUACGUUAUCGCCUUCCCUGGAGCUUCCCUUGCAGAGAGCAAGCCAGAGACUUCGGUCCUGGCUGCGCUGCUCGGUGGCGACUCGAGCAUUCCUUGGUCUGCGGGCUUCACCCUCCUUUCCAAGGCUGCGGCGACGGCACCUUACUCCCGUGCCCGCGCGAGCAAUAUUGCCUACUCCGACGCUGGUCUCUUGACCAUCCAGAUUAGUGGCCCUGCCACCGCCGUGAAGAAGGCGACAGAGGAAUCCGUCAAGGCUCUCAAGAGCAUCGUCACUGGCUCGGUCGCCAAGGAGGAUCUGACGAAAGCCAUCGCCAGGGCCAAGUUCGAACUGCUCUCGUCGAGUGAGACCAGCGGUACCGGCAUUGUCGCAGCUGGCACGAACCUCGUCCAGGGCGGCAAGGUUCUCCAAGUGGCCCAAGCCAUCAAGGCUCUGGAAUCCGUCACGGCAGAGAAGCUGAAGGCUACUGCAAAGUGCCUGUUGGAUGGCAAGGCGAGCGUUGCCGCUGUUGGUGAUCUCCAUAGUUGCAUUUUGACAUUUACAUUGAUUGAUAUUGUUAUUGCAUUAAGUGAGGUGCUUAUGAAGAGAACGAAAAGAAAACAAACCGUAUCCAACUCUUCUUCAACCCCCGUCACAACUCCAAAAACCGUCAAAAUGUCGUUCGCGUGGAAAGCCGCAGGCAUUACCUACAACCGUUACCUGGCCGUCGCCGCGCGCGUCGUCCGCCGAAGCUUGAAGGAUGAUUUGAGGCUAGCAGCCGAGCGCCGGGGAGAAAUGGAUCUUAGAUUCUCCAAGUGGACGAACGGCAAGCCGAGCGAGUCCAAGCCACUAGCCGAAGCGAACAGCGCCGCAAUGGCCGCGGCUGCCAAUGCCGGCCCGAAGUUCCUUGGGCUCUCAAUUAACCAGGGCUCCAGCCUGGACUACGACGAAGCUCCGCCGCCAGCCAUGUCAAGUGAGGGCAUCAUUGCACUAGACAUUACAAGCAAGUUCCUCAACGCUGCCAGAACCUUGGAGCCCGGCCAGCUUGUCAAGGAUGGCCAUUUCACUCUCUUCGAGUCCGUCGGCGCUAUUGAGGUCAUGGACCCCAAGAUGGAUAGCGGCUGUCUUGGGCCUGGUGAGUCCCUUGAUGACGACUACGACUUGACCAGGCCACUCGCCGGCGGAGAGGUUUUGGGCAUAAUUGACCAGCUGCUCUGCCACGAGAUGGCCUGGCACCUCGGAUACCCGCUUUCCCAGACUCUCUUUACGAACGUUUACGUCGAGGCCAUCUUGGUGCCGCCCCCCAUCACAGUUGAAGACGCCGACUUUGUGAGGAAUCGGAGCCCCGAGUCUCAGAGUGAUCCUCUAGUGGCAGUUCUCAGGGCGUACUGCCUAGGCAUGCUUAAAGUCUGCUGGUACGUGAUCGAGCGGAUCAAGUCCGAGCACUAUUACGAGGAAGAAGACUUUGUCACAAACACUUAUGACAGAAGAUUGCUGGACAACAUCGACAGAGAAGAAAUCCGGGACGUCAUCCAUGAAGCCCGCGGCAUACUACACAGGGCCCGGCCUACCCUUGGGGACGAUAUUGCCCAGGCCUUGGAUUUCAGGCUGGAGCUGAGACUAUCAUUCCUCAGAGCCACGCAGCUGUCGGAGUUUCGAAGUAAUCCUCAGUCGUUGAAGACGCCGUGGAUCCAAAUGGGCGCGCUCCUGGACUCGAUCAACAAGUCGCAUUCGCUGGGGACUCCCGUGCUCGAGGCGUUUAGCACCAAGCUACAACGUCGGCUUGCUAGUACAAUGCCGCCUAGACCGAUCGUGCAGCUCAGCUUUGAGGAAACGUAUUCGAAUUUCAAGCGGCUCGUCACGGAUGGGCAAGAAGUCACUGGCAUGCUCGAGUUCUCCGACUCGCAGAGCCUUCUCAACCUCGUGCUCUCCUUCCAGGCGAAGAAGCCCCAGCCGCUCGUCUAUAUCCGCACCCUCCUCCAGACCUUUCUCUUCUCGGAUAUGAUGAUCCUAGGCUCCCUCAGCAUACGCCAGGUUAUUGACGACGAUCUUUCAAUCGUUGUCCUCCCUGGCAGCCGGUUGCUCGAUCGUGUCAACGACACGAUCGAGGUGCCACACGACCCACGCUUUGCCAUGGCACACCAGAUGGAAGUGUUCCGCCAAAGGGCCGCUCAGUCCUACCUGGACAUUUUUAGGGCCUUCUGUCAAAAUAGGUCCCGAGUCCGCCGAACCCUCUGCCAUGCCAUCCAGGACUGGGAGACAGUUCAGGUUGACGCAGAAGGGAUCGACCAGCUUCUGCAGAUCCAGCUCGAGGAGCAGCCCAUGGUUCAUCAGACCCUGGGUGCCGGGUCGGAUCUUGCUUAUUCGCUCCCGCUGUCUUCCUGGGCCUAUCUCUACAAACUGCGGCUCAUGGAGUGGAUAGUCCAGCUGGGGUUUGAACUUGACAUCUAUCAAGCAGACGAGUUGGCUGGCAUGUACUGGUACCUCAGCUACCUUGCCAAGACGCGAGCUCAGCACGUGGAACGCAUCAAGGCCUUUACUGUCCGCAGCCUGGAUGAUCAUAGGGCGCGGCCGCAAGGCCUGAGCGCGACCAAAGAGGCGCAAUUCUUGAAAUCCCUCGCGUAUCUCCGCCUCACCAUGCUAGAUGCCGCCGUCGUCUGGGAGCUGGCCGAUGCCCUUGUGUGUCUGUAUACCGCGCUGCAGCGCCUCAAGCUCGUCGUGCAGCCCCCGCGGCCGUACAGCACUGACGCUCUCCGGUACGAUAUCCGCAUGAAACCAUUCGCGCCCAUCGGACUUCCCGAACUGCCGUCGUUCGAGGCCUUUACGCGUGCCUCGGCCCAGCCCGAAACCUCCACGGCUAGCCUCCUCGAAUAUGCGAAGCGGGCCGUUGCGGGCGCGAGGCAGGGUUAUGAGGUGCUGAAGAAGCUGGACGAGAUGGAGUCGUUCACCAUCAAUAGCCAUAAGAAGUGGGCCGCUGGGAUCGUGAAUUGCUGUAAGUCGGCUAUCGCCACCGGCGUCGUCAUCAGCGUCGUGGAGAAGGUCCUUGCGGACACGCCCGAGGGCAAGCCACUGAAUUUGAAGAUCGAUAUCAAGCCCCCUGGGGACAGAUAUCACGACUGGUGGGUUGUGCCAAGCGUGUCAGGUACUUAGUCCCGCCAUCCUCAGUUCCCUUGUUCGAGUUUAGGGAGAGCUGCACACGUCCAGUUCACAUGGUUCAAGGGGGCAUUAGCGAACGUAACCUGUACCUAUAUACCCCUUUUCCUGCUCACUCCCUUUAUCCGCGGUCUCUCAUGCCUAGCUUACACCUCAUAGCGGCUUAAUGUACACACAAUCUGAUCAGUAUAACUACCUACU